UUGCGGUACCCGGAAAACAUGUCAGAGUGGGAUCUCAUUUCUCACGCACAUCUGCCUGUGACGUCUCCCGAUCCAACCGGUCAGGCUGCUGCUGUGUUGGUAGCUGGUAGGUAGCUAGCUGCUAGCUAACCUACUGAGCUACCUCCUCCUCCGCCUCCGAGGGCAGCUGAACGGAGCCGUGAAUGAACCCCGCGCAUCGAUGCAUCUCCUGGGGCCACGAUGGCAGCGACAGACACGACAGCGGCAGCUAGCCCCCCUCUCUCGCCACUACAGGAGGAUGCUGAAGCUGUUCGGUGUGCUGGUUAUCCUCGGACUGGCCCUGGCGUGCAUCACCUCCUGGGUGCUGGACAGCUAUGACACGGCUUGGCACCCUAAACGUAGUGUUCAGCACCCGACUGUGGGUGAUGGAGAUGAGUCGAAGGGGAGUUCUCCACCAUUUCCCGGCGGCGAGUUGAGCAAUAUAUUCUGGUUUAUACAGGUGUCCGACAUUCACAUAAGCCGGUUUCAUGACCCCAGACGCAUUCCAGAUUUUGAAAAGUUCUGCACUGACACUGUUGAAGCAAUCAAACCUGCUCUAGUUCUUGCAACAGGGGAUCUCACUGAUGCGAAAACAGAGAGUAAGGUGGGCUCUUUGCAGCAUGAGGUGGAGUGGCAGGCCUACCACAAUGUCUUGAAGAGGUCCCGCGUGAUGGAGCGCACACGGUGGAUAGACAUCCGUGGAAAUCAUGAUGCCUUCAAUAUUAUGUCACUGGACAGCACCAACAACUAUUACAGGAAAUACUCGGCCAAUCAGAAAGUUGGCUCUUUCCACUACGUGCACAAAACCCCCUUUGGCAACUACUCCUUCGUCUGUGCGGACGCCACUCUGACUCCAGGACCCAAGAGGCCGUACAAUUUCUUCGGGAUACUAAACCAGACUCAGAUGGACCUGCUGGACACGUUCAGAGCUGAGAGUCUUAAAAGCAACCAGUCGAUCUGGUUUGGCCACUACACCACCUCUACUGUCGUCUCCCCUUCACCUGGAGUUCGGGAUGUGAUGAGAUCUGCAGUUGCGUAUCUGUGUGGCCACCUGCACACACUAGGCGGCCUGAUGCCCGUCCUCCAUAGCCGACAUCCCCAAGGAACUCUGGAGCUGGAGCUGGGUGACUGGAUGGAUAAUCGCAGGUACAGAGUUCUGGCUUUUGACCACGACCUGCUGAGUUUCUCCGACCUGAAGUUCGAGCAGUGGCCUGCAGUGCUCAUCACCAACCCCAAGGACGCGCAGUACCUGCACCCCGGAGUGGAGCCGCUGGGUCGGAUACGAAGGUCGACACACAUCAGGAUCUUGGCCUUCUCAGAGGCAGCAAUCACAGCCGUGCAUGUAAGCGUGGACGGCGAACCUCUGGGGAAAUGUCACCCUGCUGGAGGUCCUCUUUAUGUUCUGCUGUGGGAUCCAUCUCUCUACCUCACUGGACUGCACACCAUCAGAGUAAAAGUGGAGGACGCGGCAGGCCGGUCGUCGGUGCGGGAGCAGCACUUUACUCUGGAGGACGACCUGACUCCUAGCUUUGGUUUCGUGCAGUCCUUCAUCCUCCUCACAGACCACUACAUCCUGGGCCGAGUGGCCUUCAUAUUCAUGAUGCUGCUGAACAUCGGCAUACUGUUGGCAUUCAGGUUCUUGAGUGUUCCCUCCAGGAGAGGAGUGUACUCUCAAGUGUGCAUGUCACUGCAUCUGGUCAGUACAAUGGACACCUUCUUCUACUCUCUGCUGCUCUUCAACCUCUGCACAGCCUUAGGUCCAUGGUUUAUAGGAGAGCUGAUAGAUGGCCAUAGUGGUGCCUGCUUCGCCUUUGGGGUCUUCAUCGACGGACACUUCCUGGAGGGCAGUCUCACUUAUGUUGUUGGAGUUGUUCAGCUGCUGUUCUUCAACAUGCCCCUCACCUCUUAUCUGUGCUGGAGCCUUCACCACCGUUGCCGCGGCAACACCUUCCGAUCUCACUUCCUGCGGCCGGGCUGCCGCUGGAGGACUCUGGCGGUGCACGUCUUCAUGCUGCUGCUGCUCGCCUGGCAGGCCCACUCCUGCUACUUCCUCCUGGAGACCUACGGCCCCACGGCCUUUUUCCUGUCUCCUGUCCGCACGUGGGCGCUGGGCUUCAGUCUGAUACUGGUGUACCGCGCCUGGACAGGCCCCGCCCCUCUUCUCCGGGAACACAGCAAGAGCGUCUCUUCCUCUUGACAGUAAUUGCACUGUACCACCACCACUACAACCACUUCCACAGUCCCGGUCCCCCCCCCCCCUCCAGCCUGACUCACAGAUAUAUUUUGCUGUCUCUAUCCAUCCUGGACGCCUCAGUUUCUCCCUUCCUUCCAUAUCCACUUCACAGUACAUCUCUCACUCUCCUGUUUCUUGGUAGUAUUGUUUACUUAAUAUGCAUGUUAUUGUAAAGCACUGGUGAGCACAUUUCUGGCCAUAUUCAUAGCAAUGUGUACAGUGUAAGAAAAACCUUGGAGACAUGAGGGUAACUAGCUUAUUGGAGCUAUGUGAGGACUUUUAAAUGUGUGCCGCAGUCAACAGUACACAGAGAGCUGCAGUUUAAGCUGACUCAUUUACUUGAGCUUACGCACUUUUUUGGAAGUGUUGCCUUGGCCUAAUGCCACUCCACCACUGCCAAAUGAUGAAUAAGAAAGAUUUCACCUUUUAUUCUUCCCUCUGGAAAUCAUUUCAUUCACUAAGAGGCUAGACGUGCCAAACCCAUCCUCUUGUUUACCCUCCAGUAUACAGUUCGUGUGAAUAAGAAAGAAGCGUGUACGCCUCAUUUUGUAUACUGUGAGCCCUCCCUGACUUCUCAUAACUGACAGAGCGCAGUAGUAAGAGUCUCUUUAGUGAAGAUCACACAGCUAUUACAGCCCAUGAUGAUCAUAUUUUCAAGUUUAUUCUCCGUAUGGUUACAGGAAAUCGAAGGAAGGGAAUACAAAUCAGUUGAGUACUGUACAUGAUGAUUUCAAGUGUUUUUAAUGAUUCCAUUGCACACGACUGCCACUAAAAAGUCUCAAUUCUAGCAUUGAGUAGUCAUAUCAAAAACUUCAAUGCCAUUAUACAGACACAUACACACACACACACAAACAAAAACACACACACACACACACACACACACACACACACACACAAAGCUAGCCGGCCUGACUCUUUGUGCUCCUUCAAACGUGAAUACAGAAAGCAGCUGUUUGUUUCUCAGGAAUGUGAGCACUCAAACAACAGGCUGGUCCCAGAAGUAUUUCAGGACAAUGUUUUUAUACUCCACAGUAGCUCAGUGAACUCAAUCCAUGUUAAACAGUUGAGAUGUGUGGUGGCGAAGAAAAAAAAAUGAAUGUGUUCUAGAUGUGAUGAAAUGAGAUGGAAAAAAAAGUACUAUGCUGUUUUCUUAAUUUAUUGAUUCUGAUUGUAUUGAGUGGUUUCUUCCCCCCCUACAUGUUAUAUUAUAUCUGCACUGGAAAUGCCUGCCUCAUGGUCAUGUGGUCAGGAUGAUAAAAGAGCAUUCCCAGCUUUGUGUGUGUGAGGACACAUUUGUCUGUAAUGCCUCAGAAUGAAGAUUCCUUAAUUUCAGUGAAGGAGCGGGAGCAGGUAGCUGUCUGUUAAGAGUCUGUUGCACUCUUAAUUCAAUCCUUUCUUGUCUGUAGUAACAGGUGCUGGAUUCUACAAGAACAAUGUGAUUUUAAAAAGCGACAACCAGGGUGGAGAUCCCAUUUAUGAAGUCUUUUAUUAGAAGCAAUGUUCCAACAAAGGGUUUUUCUUUUUUGAGCCAUGCACGAUGUGAGUGCAGAGUAAUAAGUGCUCAGCACUGUGAAGCAGCACGUAGUUUAAUAUUACAACUGCUGAGAAAAUUAAAUGAUGUGCACUCAUGCUGGCAAUGGUUUAAUACGCUUCUCCCCUUCUUUACAUAGACGAGACGUUUCUUUCAUGGGAGCAAAACCAAGUGUUUAAUUCCAUCAUAAAGAGGAUUAUUUGAACUGAUGGAUUUUUGUCAUCAGUAUAAAGAUGCUCCCACAAGCUAUUUGAUGUGUCCACAAGAUGGCAGUGUUGAUUCAAUUCAAAGGGGAAUACGGGGUGACUGAAUCAUUUACCCCUCAAAUUUAUGCAUGAUACUUUUAUUUAUUUAUUGUUUGCAGGAAAGCACCAACAGUUUGUAUUUGAGAGAUAGUUUAUUGAUGCUCACUGGUUAUGUUUAUCCAUCAAUCUGGUUGAUUUGUUCUGUACUGUACACUGACUUGUCUGUUCACAAGAAAAAACAGACAUCCACUCCGACACCACUACCGUCACAAAGGAUAUACUGCAAGUGAAGUUGUGGUGUUCACUUGACUCAUUCUUCAUUCUUCAUUUCCCCCCUAUGUUCAGACACUUAAGUAUAUGAAUGAAUUGACGAUGAUUUUACACCUGCCACAUAUUUUUCUUGUGACAACUGAAAUUAGAGCCAACCACUAUUUUAUUUUAUUAAUGGUUUAUAGUGCUGUGGAAUAAAAUGUUCAUUACAGUAAAUCAUA